AUGAGGAACUCAGGCAGACUUCCAUGUCGCGGCCGCCCCAACUGCGCGUGUGGACAGUGCAGGCAUCCCUUCUUUCUGGUGCAAGAUGUGAGAUGCCAUGCAAGGCCGUUGAGCAUUCUUAACCCCGGGACUCAUCAGGCUGGCGCGAGAUCACCAAGGGAAAGAACAGGUACCCUGGAAGAUCUGGGCGGAACAAACUACUUGGGUGGUGGGUAUAUGCGCAUGAACGGACUCGACACAGUCAUGGAAGAAUCCACGGGUCUUGGGGCGGCCCCAGAAAGCAUGGUAGGAGUUCAAGAUACUACAAACAACAGGGAAAAUGUCUUAUCGACAUCCGAGAGGAUCCUGAGCUGCCCAACGGAGUUCGGGCACAGAGGACCCCGGAAUGUAGGGUUCGUCGAGCAACACGUUGAUAGCAAGAGUUGGACGCGAAAGAUGCGCGCGUCUUGGCUGGCCCAAAUCAAGACAAUUGUAGAUCAACCUAAUGCCUCGUCCUCGCAUCUUUUGACAAGCAUCUCCAACAAACAAAUGACGAGCCUGCGCUCCUUUGGCCACACCAGAUGUAACCUACCAAGGGCUCUUCGACCCAAAUAUCAAAACGUUCGCAAAGACGACUCAACGGCUAUGUCGACGAUGCGGUUGCAGGUCAAUGUCGUUGGCAAAGAGACAGAGAGGGAGUCGAGUCCGGAAUUGGGCGCCAUGGCAACUCGCCUGCAUGACACGCCUCCAUCGUCAGCAGAAACGCUCACAUUUGGUGCCGAGAAUGAAGGAGGGAAAGGCUGA